CUGGGGGUGAUGGGGUGAGAGGCCCGGGAGAAAGGUUCGGGCGACUAGGAGGAUGAGAAGUUUCGGGUAAAGGCUGGAGACCAGCUUCAGCAGGGAGGGGGUCCCAGGUGGAAAUAUGGAUAGAGGCCGGUGGGCUCACGUUGCAAAUGCAAGAGGAGGUUGGGGUGCUCCGAAAGAACUGGGCUGUGACCCUCCGCAGAGCGCUGACCACUCCCCCUAGAUAAUGCCUCACAUCUCUGCCCCCCCGGGACCCCCUGAAGUCCCCAUGAUCCCGAAGAAGACAGCUUGAACCUAGAACUCUCCUCUCUCCCUCCUCAGACCUGAGCCCAGGAUGUUGCGGAGGCUGCUGGAGCGGCCCUGCACACUGGCCCUGCUUGUGGGCUCCCAGCUGGCUGUCAUGAUGUACCUGUCACUGGGGGGCUUCCGAAGCCUCAGUGCCCUAUUUGGCCGAGAGCAGGGGCCGACAUUUGACUAUUCUCAUCCACAUGAUGUCUACAGUAACCUCAGUCACCUACCUGGGGCCCCUGUUGCCCCAGGGGCCCCUCCAGCUCCUCAAGGUCUGCCCUACUGUCCAGAACGAUCUCCUCUUUUAGUGGGUCCCGUGUCCGUGUCCUUUAGCCCAGUGCCGUCACUGGCAGAGAUUGUGGAGAGGAAUCCCCGGGUGGAACCGGGGGGCCGGUACCGCCCCGCCGGGUGUGAGCCCCGCUCCCGAACAGCCGUCAUUGUGCCCCACCGGGCCCGGGAGCACCACCUGCGCCUGCUGCUCUACCACCUGCACCCCUUCCUGCAGCGUCAGCAGCUUGCUUACGGCAUCUAUGUCAUCCACCAGGCUGGAAAUGGAACAUUUAACAGGGCCAAGCUGUUAAACGUUGGGGUGCGGGAGGCCCUGCGUGAUGAGGAGUGGGACUGCCUGUUCUUGCACGACGUGGACCUUCUGCCCGAGAACGACCACAAUUUGUAUGUGUGUGACCCCCGGGGACCCCGGCAUGUUGCUGUUGCCAUGAACAAGUUCGGCUACAGCCUCCCGUACCCCCAGUACUUUGGAGGAGUCUCGGCGCUCACUCCUGACCAGUACCUGAAGAUGAAUGGCUUCCCCAAUGAAUACUGGGGCUGGGGUGGUGAGGAUGACGACAUUGCUACCAGGGUGCGUCUGGCUGGGAUGAAGAUCUCUCGCCCCCCCACGUCGGUGGGGCACUACAAGAUGGUGAAGCAUCGAGGCGAUAAGGGCAACGAGGAAAACCCCCACAGAUUUGACCUCCUGGUCCGUACUCAGAAUUCUUGGACACAAGAUGGGAUGAACUCACUGACAUACCGAUUGCUGGCUCGAGAGCUGGGCCCUCUCUAUACCAACAUCACGGCAGACAUUGGAACUGACCCUCGGGGCCCCCGGACUCCCUCUGGCCCCCGUUACCCACCUGGUUCCUCCCAGGCCUUCCGUCAAGAGAUGCUGCAGCGCCGGCCCCCAGCCAGGCCUGGCCCUCUGCCUACCGCCAACCACACAGCCCCCCGUGGUUCCCACUGACUCCUCCUUCCUGCCCUCCUCAAUCAUGAAACUGAAUCAGAGGGGUUGUACUCUCCCCACCCUCAGCUCCUCACUGGUCUUAGAGGGAUGUGGGGGGAUUGAACUCCAGGGCUGCGCUGGAGGCAAGGGCCUCUCCUCACUGCUGGACUGGAGCUGGGCUCCUUCAGUCCUGGGCGGUCCCUCUUUCUAGGGUCACCUGCUAGGGCUUAUGACUGUGAAUCCUUGAUGUCAUGAUUUUAUGUGAUGACUCCUCAGAGUCCCUGGCCCCUGGGGUAAGAGCAGGGCUGGACCCCAAGUCCCUUCCUCUUCCGUGGAGAGAAGAGUGAUCUGGCUUUUCCUGGGACCUCUGUGAAUAUUUAUUCUAUUUAUGGUUCCGAGGAAGUACGUUUGGUGAAGGAAGCCCCUCCCUGGGUACUUUCUGCCAGUGCUGGAGUCACUUCCUCUUCUGGACCUGGCUCAGGGGGCUGGGAUUUUGAUAUAUUUUCUAAUAAAGGACUUUGUCUUGCCUCUG